UUAUUGGCAUUGGCUGCUCCAAAAUGAAAAUCGGACAUUGCUAGUUUUUGCUUUAACUAUUGGCUACAAUAUUUUAUGUUUAUGAUGGAAUAUUAAUAAUUCUACUAACUUUUAAUCGACAACUAGGUCAAUCACGUAUCAAAUGUAUAUAUAUAUAUAUAUAUAUUUUUUUUUUUUUUGCAAAUUUGCUAGUAUCAUAUUACAAAUUAAGGUUUCUUAAGAUAAUAGAAAGAGUGAAAAUAAAUCUAUGGACUCAAUUAUCCACUCUCACGAGCCUUAAAGUUCGGCACGAAUAGUGGGCACACUGAAUUCAAAGAAAAGUACGUAUCAUUAUUUACGUACAGAUAGCCAAUUAUGUUGCCAUAACUUAUUUACUUUAUAUAUGUAUUUAUAAUAAUAUUUUAUUAAAAACGAAAAUAUUUAGAUAUAAAAGACUAUUUUAUAAAUAAAAAAAUUCAACUCUAUUUUUGAAUAAUGAGUUGGUUUAUUUCAUAUUUGGAGUAAUCAUAUCUAUUACUCUAUUUUGGAGUAAGUUUUGGAGUGGGGUUGGAGAUGAUUUUACCGUAAAAUGGAGUUUGAAGUGGAUUUUAGAUUAGGGUUGGAGAUGCCCUAAAAAACUAUUACUCAUUUCAUUUCAUAUUACUUGUCAUUAUGAAGUUAAAAUUUUGUUUCAUUUUAAGUGUCGUUUUAUGUUUUCAAUAUAAAAUUUAUUAAUAUUAAUAUUUUGCAGCUUAUUUUUCUGUUAGUUAGAAUAUGGUUAGGUGUAUAUGUAAUGAUGUUUUUAUUUUGAAAAUAUACAAAAUUAAAUAUGUUCUUAAUUUGUGUGCAUACACUAAAAACGACAACUAAAAUGAAAUAGAAUGAAUAUUAAAAAAAAACACAACAAGACUGAAUUAAUGAUAUUUACUGGGAAAAUAAUUGAUUUGAAAAAGAGAUAUUAUGUUUUCUAUUACUUAUUUUUGGUUUAUCUGAAUAAUUUACAACAUAUCUUUCCAUUACGAGAGCGUUGACGUUGAUGCGCUAUACUACAAAGUAUAACAUGGGAAAUUAAACAUUAUAUUAAAAUGAAUUAUUCUUCCAUUUAUUCAGGUUAUUUGUCUUUUAUGUGUAUUCGUUCGGUAAUAGGCUACGAGCAAGACGGAAACUCGUUUUUUUUUCUGAUUUUUUAUAUCAGAAACAAUCUUAGUGUUGCUGAGAUAGUUGCCUCUGAAUUUUGGUCAAGAUGUUUAAUGUGGUGUUCUUUUUUAUGCAUGUCCAACGAGCGUUGCAUACUCCCAAAAUAGUCAAACUAGUUUAUAUCGGUAAAUAAGUAAUAUCCAUAUAGAAUAAAAAAGGUAAUAUCCAUAUAGGUUGGUCCUUCACAUAUUAUGUAAGAGUUUACAUUGCUACUAUUUAAAUUAGAAGAAGGGAGCCAAUGUAAUAAGAAAAUGAAAAAGGGAAAAGGACUAUUAAGGCUAAGAGCAGACACGAAUCAUAUGGCAAAUCGUGCAAAGAUGCUUUUUUGGAGGUCCAAACGGCAAAAGCACGUUUACAUAUACUCCAAACGGUCACAUUUUGCUUUACAGAUCUCUUAUUCGAAGUUCUAACGUCUACUAUUUCAUUGUCAUCUCUUCCUUUUUUUAUUCUCUUUAUAAUAACAGAUAAUAAUAAGAUGAUGAAAGAUGUUUGACUUUUCAAUGUGAGUUUUCUUCUUAGAACAUAUGAGAUGAAGUAACAGAUAAGAUAGCGGGUAAUGUGAUAGUGUCCAGCAUUAGCUAGUGUGUACAUGUCCCAUCCUUUGGUGGACAUAAUAAUUCCAUAUGGGUCUAACCUAUACACAAUCGUUAGUGGGCUGAUAAGGUUUAAUGGUGUUCUUGAAUGCACAAACUUAUUGGGAUCUUUAAUUUUUGUAUGAAUCAUCUUCACGUUCAAAGCAUUCUUGUUCUUUUGGGUUUUUCAAAAGUUUUAAAAGCUUUUAAUUCUAUCGUAAUGUACAGCUUUGUUUUGUUUUCGUUAUGGGAGUUUGUCCUUCUCGUUUUUUAUUAAUAGAGACAGCAAAAAAACACUAAGUUAAUUUAAAAAAAAAAAACUAAGUUGUAAUAGCCUUAAAUCCAACUCCAAUGAAACAACAAAACACCAAAUUUGGUGUAAGUUCAUUUUCAAUGUAACACUAAAAUUUAUAUCAUCUCACCAAAUUUAGUGUAAAGUGAAUACUGUUACACUAAAUUUGGUAUAAUACUAUUCAUCACACUAAAUAUUUAAUAUACAUAUUUUAUAGUGUUUCAUUUAAUAACAUAGGUCGAUUAUUAUUAAUUAAUUAAUUCAAAUUUGUAGCUAAACAUAAAUAUAAUGUAUGAUUACAUUCUUUAUUUAUUUUUACAUAAUUAAAUUAUGUAUGAUUACAUUCAUUUUGGGAAAAAAAUAUAAUGUAUGAUUUGUAUUCUUUAUUUAUUUUUACAUAAUUAAAUAUUUUAUUUUAUUUUCAAGUAAGAAAUCACUAAAUGAUUAUUAUCAUUUACUUUAUAUUAUGAAAAAUAAAAUAUCGUAGAAAUUUAUAUUUUAUUUUAAUAAUGUAAAAUUUGAAUUAGUAUUUAUAAAAUAUAGAAAUUAAUAACAUAUGUUGGAUAAGAUUAAAUUGCAUAUUAAAUUUGAAAUAAACACUCAAAACAUUAAUUAAAUUAUUAUUUUGUUAUGUGGUUUUCAUAAUUAAUAGUUUGUAAUUUUGAAUAUUUAUAUACAAUAAAUACAUAGAAGUAUAAUAUUGUUAAAAAUAAAAUAUAAAUAAAUUAUAUAAACGUAAAAUUACAAAAGUUUAACAAACAUAAUUAUUUAUUAAUUAUAAUAAUAAUAAAAAAAAUUAUUAAGACUGUGGUGUAAUAUUUGGUAUCAUGGUUGGAGAUAACCAAAAAUACAUGACACUAAAAAACUAAAUUUUACGUAAUUUCAAUAUCAAAUUUGAUGUCAUGAUUGGUGAUGCCCUAAAUAGAUUGAAUUAAGAGACUAAUAGUUGUAGUCGUACAAGAUCCAUAUCUCAUGUCUUCAUCAUCCUAGAACCACGUUAUUUCAUUUACGCAAGCUAUCAUCAUACAUUAGACUAACAUCGAUCCUUACCUUAAUCUUUGUUUUUAUAUUAGUUACAAAACCUUAAUCUAUACAAGUCGUUGUCAUAAAACUUAUCUAAAACAAAUUAAAAAAAAAAAGAAAUUAUCAGUUAAAUUUUUUUUUAAAAAUACAGAAAAGACUUGAAUCACUGAUGAUUUUACUUAUAAAAAUGGAAUAGUCACGACUUGUGACAAUGUCUAAAGUUUAUUCAACCAAAAAACUUCGUAACCUUCCAGAGUCAUCGAUGAUCGAAUUCGUAACCUUAAAGACUAUCUUCCUAUCUAGAUGUAUAACCGAUUGAGUUAUCACCAAUAUAUACCAUGCAUACUGCCAAAUAAGUGCUUCACAUGCCUUGGAUUGUUUCAUAGGGUCAUUUAAAAAAAAAAUUUGGGGACUCUCUGGAACCAAAUUGCCUUGGGCAGAUUUAAAACCAAUCAUCUUGUAUCUCAAAGCACAUUACCUAGUAAUGAAAUUCACAUUUUGACACAAAAAGUGCUUCACAUGCAUUCAAUUCUAUUUCGGCUGCUCUGAGCCUCUUGACUAUAUUCCAUCAAGAGUCACAUCAAAAUAGAUAAAAAAAAACAGAAGGUUAUAUAUAUGUCUUCUGGUGGUCUUUUUGUUAUUCGGUUCGAUUUAUCAAAUUGUAAAACAUCAGUUUUUUCUAAUAAAAAUAUAAAAAUAUUAUUACUAAUUUUUAAGAUUUUUGACAGAAAUACAAAGAUAACAAAAAUCAGAAAAAAAAAACUACAACGACUCGACCAAGUCUAAGCAGGACAGACGCAAUAAGCAAUAGUCAGAAAAUUGAGGCCUCAACUAAAUCCUAUAGCUGUUUGCCACAAAAUAAGGACCACAGUUAAACCGAGAUACAAAACCCGGUAGUUUUGACUUCUAUGAUGAUAUGCUCUUAAAGAUCUGGUCCGACCAAAAACAACUUGUACAAGACGACACUAGCAUCCAACGAAGCCAGGCAAGCCCGAGGUCAAGCACCCGCUUCAACAAAUCGAGCAUUUAUUCGGGAAACAUUCAGUUAGGUUAGAAUAAGAAUCUUCGGUUGAUAAGGUUUUGCAGUAAAGUUCAAAGUUGUUUAAUUGUAUAAAAACGGACCAAUAAUGUCAUCAUGGAUGCACAUGGAAGAAUCACAGUAUGUGUUUUAAUUCUCUUUGAUCGUUUUGUGGUAUUGUUUACGUAUCAAUGUAGUAAAUCUCAUGAUAUCUGUAAAGACUUGGACAAUUGUACAAAAGACUUUCGCGCAUCAGUAAUCAAAUCAAUAUAGACAAUAAAUCAGUAAUCAAAUCAAUAUAGACAAUAACCAGACAUUUUCAACAAAGUUGAAAAACUAAAAGAAAAUUUUUGGUAAGAAACUGAAAAAAAACAACUACUCCAAAGAAGUUGAAAAACUAAUGAUUUAAUAUUCAGCGUUCAAGUAUGCGAACAAAAUACCAAUCUUUAAUUAAAUAUAAAAAUAAACAACUAGACAAAGGUUCUUGUGAAUCAUUAAUAGUCGUGACUCGUGAGCUUGAUCUUUUUCACAUAUUUAAAAUGCACCAUAUAUUUUUCAACAAAGUUGAAAAUUUGAUUAUUUAAUACUAUUAAAAAGUGUGUGUGGGAUAAGGACGUUGAUUCCAAUGGAAUAGAAAGUCUUUGAAUAUCUCAUGCAGUUGAAGUUUCCUUAUAACGCCGUGAGAAGAAGUUGUACGUAUUCGAAGUUCAUGGAAAAAAAUGAACAACUAUUCUUAGAAUCUUAGCUAUUCAUGUUUAUAGCUAAUCCACACAUACAUUUUUUUUCUCUUGUUCACCAUGCAAGUCUUAACAAUUUACAUACUUAAGUUGUUACUAACUUACUAUGAUGUAUAGUUCAGAUUCAGGGCCGAAAAUAGUAAACAGAGCAUAAGCAAUUUUUGUAAACAAAAAGAAUAGUAAAAGCUUUUUGUUUUUGAGAAAAGAAUAGUAAAAGUUUGAUUAGUCUUAAAGGUUCUUUUAAUAAAAAAAACACUAGUACACAAAUGAUGGUGAACCAUUUUCCAUGUAAUUUAAUGUAGUUGCUAUCGUUAUCUUUCGUCAUUACCCUAAGUAACCGCACUACGUUAGUCAUACGCCAUGUAAAAACAUCUCACAUCUAAACAUAUCUAAUAGACUAAUACUUACUAUAUAAAUAUAAAAUAUAUGCCACGAAUCUUAUUGUGUGUUCUCCUUGUAGACGUCACAGAGGAAUACUAAAAACACUGUGUCAGUCACACAUAUCAAAAAGCAAAUUCAGGUUUAAGAGAAUCGAUGUCGUGGAACUAGAUCUUGCUUUGCACCGAGUAUAAAACAGAGAUAUAAAUCCAAUGGGUGAGAAGAAAGUGACAGAGGAGAAAGAAGAAACGAUGAAGAGCAAGACCUCUCUUGUUUUCGCCGUUAAUGGAGAAAGAUUUGAGAUCGACCUCUCUUCCAUUGAUCCUUCAACCACACUCAUCGAUUUCUUGCGUAAUAAGACUCCUUUCAAGAGCGUCAAGCUCGGUUGUGGCGAAGGUGGUUGUGGUGCUUGCGUUGUUCUUCUUUCAAAGUACGAUCCCCUCCUCGAAAAGGUCGAUGACUUCACAGUCAGCUCGUGCCUCACGCUCCUCUGCAGCAUCGACGGCUGUUCCAUCACAACCUCAGAAGGCCUCGGCAACAGCAGAGCCGGGUUCCACGCAGUCCACGAGCGCAUCGCCGGUUUUCACGCCACGCAAUGCGGUUUCUGCACGCCCGGUAUGAGCGUCUCCAUGUUCUCUGCUCUCUUAAACGCCGACAAGACACAUCCUCCUCGCGCUGGCGUCUCAAACCUAACAGCUGCAGAAGCAGAGAAGGCUGUCUCCGGGAACCUAUGCAGGUGCACUGGAUACAGACCGCUAGUGGACGCUUGUAAGAGCUUCUCGGCUGAUGUGGAUAUCGAAGAUCUCGGGUUCAAUACUUUUUGCAAGAAGGGGUUGCCUUGUUAUGACCAUACACUUUCCUCUCAGGUCUGUACGUUUCCUGAGUUCUUGAAGAAGGAACUCAAGAGUCUUGUUGAUCCAAGAAAGUACAGAUGGUCAAGUCCUCUUAGUAUCUCUGAGCUUCAGAGUCUAUUAGGGCUUGAAAAUGGAGUGUCGGUUAAGUUAGUUGCUGGUAACACUAGCACCGGUUAUUACAAAGAAGAGAAAGACAAGAAGUACGACAGGUUUGUCGAUAUAAGACGGAUCCCUGAGCUCACAGUUGUAAGAAGAGACGAGAAAGGAGUUGAGCUAGGAGCUGCUAUCACUAUCUCAAAAGCUAUUGAGGUUCUAAGAGAGAACGAAAGUGUUCUCAUCUUGGCGAAAAUCGCGGCUCACAUGGAGAAGAUUGCAAGCAGAUUCGUGAGGAACACGGAGACUAUAGGCGGAAACAUCAUCAUGGCGCAGAGGAAACACUUCCCUUCGGAUCUCACAACCAUACUGGUCGCCGCUGGAGCCACCGUGAAGAUCAUGAGUACCGGCUCAGGUGUUCAAGAACAGUACACACUUGAAGAGUUUCUUCAACGUCCUCCUCUUGAAGCCAAAUCUGUUCUCUUAAGCCUUACGAUACCUUCUUGGCGCCCCGUGAAGAACGGUUCCACUCACAGAGCGGGUCCUGAGCAUAGCCAGAUGAAAUAUUCGCCUUUGAAUACUCAUUUGCUAUUUGAAACAUACAGAGCAGCGCCGCGUCCCCUAGGAAACGCAUUGGCGUUUCUGAAUGCAGCUUUCUCAGCUGAAGUGUCUUUGAAUGAAGCUGGUGAUGGUGUAGUUGUGAAUGAUUGCUUGUUCGCUUUUGGUGCUUAUGGGACCAAACACGCACAUAGGGCGAAGAAAGUCGAAGACUUCCUUGCGGGUAAAGUUAUCUCUGAUGAAGUUUUGAUGGAAGCUAUUAGCUUACUUAAAGAUGAGAUAGUACCUGAUAAGGGUACUUCAAACCCUGGUUAUAGAUCUAGCUUGGCUGUUACUUUCCUCUUUGAGUUCCUCGUAUCUUUAACUACAAAAGGUUUGCUCAACGGAGAAUACAAAGAGCCUUUGAAACCUGAAGCUCUGUUGUCAUCAGCACAACAGAUAGUUGAAAAUCAAGAAUAUAGUCCGGUCGGUAAAGGCAUUGAAAAGACAGGAGCUAAGCUCCAAGCAUCUGGUGAGGCAGUGUAUGUAGACGACAUUCCUUCACCGGAGAACUGUCUGUACGGUGCAUUUAUAUACAGUACAAUGCCUCUGGCAAGGAUCAAGAGUAUAGGGUUCAAGGAGAACAGAGUUCCAGAGGGAGUUCUUGGCAUUAUAACUUAUAAAGAUAUCCCCAAAGGUGGGCAAAAUGUUGGUACUAAAGGUUUCUUUGCCUCUGAUCUUUUGUUUGCUGAAGAAGUCACCCAUUGUGCCGGUCAGAUCAUCGCCUUUUUGGUUGCAGAGAGUCAAAAGCUUGCAGAUAUUGCAACAAAGCUUGUUGUGAUUGAUUACGACACCGAAGGGUUAGAAGAGCCUAUACUAUCUGUAGAAGAAGCUGUCAAGAAGUCUAGUCUUUUCGAGAUCCCUCCAUAUCUGCGUGGUAAACCGGUUGGUAACAUCAACAAGGGAAUGUCUGAAGCUGAACAUAAGAUUCUUGGAUCAAAGAUAAGUUUCGGGUCACAGUACUUCUUUUACAUGGAGACACAAACGGCUCUUGCGGUGCCUGAUGAAGACAACUGUAUGUUGGUUUAUAGCUCAACUCAAGCUCCUGAGUAUGUACAUAGAACCAUAGCUGGAUGUCUUGGAGUUCCUGAGCAUAAUGUCCGUGUGAUCACUCGACGUGUUGGAGGUGGCUUUGGUGGGAAAGUCAUGAAAGCAAUGCCGGUUGCUGCAGCUUGUGCACUUGCAGCAUCCAUAAUGCAACGUCCAGUGAGGACAUACGUGAACCGGAAAACAGAUAUGAUAACUACUGGAGGAAGACAUCCAAUGAAGAUUACAUACAGUGUUGGAUUCAAAUCCAAUGGGAAGAUUACUGCUUUGGACUUAGAGCUGCUACUUGAUGCAGGGCUAAGCGAAGAUGUAAGCCCACUUAUGCCAUCAGGGAUACAAGGAGCAAUGAUGAAGUAUGAUUGGGGUGCUCUCUCUUUUGAUGUGAAAGUAUGCAAAACAAACACUGUGAGCAGAACUUCAGUUAGAGCUCCUGGAGAUGUACAAGGAUCUUAUAUAGCUGAAGCCAUCAUUGAGAAAGUAGCUUCAUAUCUUUCCAUUGAUGUUGAUGUGAUCAGGAAGGUUAAUCUCCAUACAUAUGAGAGCUUAAGGUUGUUUCAUGAUAAGAAAGCUGGUGAACCCACAGAGUAUACUCUACCACUUCUUUGGGACAAACUAGCUGAGUUCUCAGGGUUUAACCAGAGGGUAAAGGUGGUUGAGGAGUUCAAUGCGUUGAACAGAUGGAGAAAGAGAGGGAUCUCGCGUGUGCCUGCGGUUUAUGGAGUGCCUAUGAGGUUCACACCAGGAAGAGUAAGCGUGUUGAGUGAUGGGUCAAUAGUUGUUGAGGUUCCAGGGAUUGAGAUAGGACAAGGGCUAUGGACAAAGGUGAAACAGAUGGUUGCAUAUUCACUUGGACUGAUCCAGUGCGGUACUACAAGCGAUGAGCUUUUGGACAAGAUCCGUGUCAUCCAAGCAGACACGUUGAGUUUAGUACAAGGCUCGGUAACUGGUGGUAGCACAACCUCUGAGGCUAGCAGUGAAGCGGCGAGGAUUUGCUGUGAUGGCUUAGUGGAAAGACUUUUACCUGUACAUGCUGCUUUGGUGGAGAAAACAGGUGGACCUGUGACUUGGGAGAGCCUCAUCAGCCAGGCUUAUCAACAAUCUAUAAACAUGUCGGUUAGUAACGUAUACACGCCGGAUAUCUCCACUGGCUACUACCUUAACUAUGGAGUUGCAGCGAGCGAGGUUGAAGUAAACAUAUUGACGGGUGAAACAACGAUUCUGCGCACGGAUAUUAUCUAUGAUUGUGGGAGAAGUCUCAACCCUGCUGUGGACUUAGGACAGAUUGAAGGAGCAUUUGUGCAAGGACUUGGGUUCUUCAUGCUUGAAGAGUACCUAAUGAACUCAGACGGUCUCAUAGUGACAGACAGUACAUGGACUUACAAGAUACCAACGGUCGACACAAUCCCAAGACAGUUUAAUGUUGAGAUUCUCAACAGUGGACACCACAAGAACCGUGUUCUUUCAUCCAAAGCUUCGGGUGAACCACCGUUGCUUUUAGCGGCUUCUGUUCACUGUGCGGUCCGAGCAGCUGUUAAAGAAGCCAAGAAGCAGAUUCAGACCUGGAGUAAUGAUAACCGAGAAGGGAUUGAUCUGAGCUUUGACUUGCCUGUUCCAGCAACAAUGCCUGUUGUGAAGGAGUUUUGUGGACUUGAUGUUGUUGAGAAAUACUUGGAAUGGAACAUCCACCAGAAGAAGAACUUUUGAUAUCGUUCUGUGUUUUAUGUUUCUUUUUUUUUUUUGGUUACAAGUGGUUGCAACUUAUUUUGAUUGCAUAAGAAUAAUGUUUGGGAUUGCGUGUUAAACAGGUUUAUGUAAUAAGCUGCAUGUAGCAUUAUUCACAAUUGUGGUUUAGGUGUUUGGAUUCAUCACCAUGCAACGUUUGCAUGGGUAUAAGACAAAUGUUAUUCUCAUAUA